AAUGAAAGCCCGGCCUAUUCUUGCACCGUUAUCUUACCACCGGCUUGAUUUGAUGCUGUGUCUGUCUGUUUGUCUGUCUCUGUGUGUUCGCGUGUUCCUGUCUCAGCCUUUCCUCUUUCUUCUUCUUCCUUCUCCAUUCGAACACCGACUUGCUGCAACAAACACACAACACAAGAGAAGAAUCGCUUUCCCUUUCUCAUCUGCAACACACGCUCACUCUUCUGCUUCACUCUCACUUUUCUUCAAUUCAACCACAUACACAACACAGCUACCUCUUCGAUGCGCCGCUUCUCAGAUUGAUCAACUUGUAUGAACAAUUUCAGUUUACUUGUUGAAAGAUAUGUGAUUCAAUUAAGUUAGAAUCAGCAGCAUGGAUGGAGAAUUGGUUGGUGAGGCAACCCAAUUAGAGGUUGCUGAAGAGUCGCGGUGCCAAGUCAAAGAGGAUCAUGAGUAUUUACCCAACACGGAAAGCCGGAAAAUCUUGAAAUCUCAAGAAGUUCUUAUACCUGUUAAGCAGGAUUACUCCCAGAUGGCGCCACGGGAAUAUGGUGACAUUCUAGGAAGUCAGAAUGUAGCUGAAGCUGUCAGCCUUAUAGCUACGUCACAAUAUCCUCAUACGAGCGUUUUCAGGGAUGAUGCUGGUGUCAUGGUUGAAGAGCUAACAGUGAAAAGUUACAAUGGUUUUAGCUUAGAUAUUGGUACGUCGAGCAACCGAGAGCAUAUGUAUAAUCGGCAGAAUCUUUAUCAGCUAGCAAAUAAUUCAGGAGUCGGGAAUUCAGUGAGUGAUAUUGGGCUGAGAAACAGUGGCCAGGCUGCAUCUAGUGUUUGGGAGGAUAUUGGAUCCACGUCUUUCCCGGAGCUAAUGGCUAGAAAGUCACUCAGCGAUGGUCAGAGUAACGUCAUGGAACACUUGGCAGCUGCUGAAAGUAAAGAGGGUGGCGGUGAUGUUCAUGGAGGAGUACGGACAAAAGUUAUAUCCAAAUCAGGAUUUACUGAGUUUUUUAUUAAAAAUACAUUGAAGGGUAAGGGUACUCUACGUAAAGGUCCACCUUUGGAUGGCUUAUAUGUUCAGUCAAGAGAGCAAAAUCAGAUCAAGAUUGGCGUUGAUGCUGAUCACAAUCGGAUGAAGACUGGCUUUGGUACUAAUCAGAAUCAGAUGAAGACUGGUAUUGUUACUCGGCCAAACUAUGUAUCGGUGAAGCAUACGUCUGAAACUGCAAAGUUUCCUUCUCAUAGUGAUGCUAUGCCUAGAUCUGGCAGGUCUGAUUCUGAUGGUAUGACCUUGAGAGAAUGGUUGAAAUUUAGGCACCAUAAAGUAAGCAAAGUGGAAGGUUUAAAUAUACUUAGGAAGAUUGUGGACUUAGUGGAUGACUAUCACUCUCAGGGAGUUGCAUUGCUUAACCUAUGUCCAUCUUUUAUUAAACUGCUACCAUCAAGUCAGGUCAUGUACCUUGGGUUACCGAUUAAAAAACAGACGGUAGACAGUGCUGUAAAUUCUGAAGCUCUUCACUUAGAUAAUUCUUUUAUUAGAAAAAGGAUGUCAGAGCAAGUGACAUUUCCCUAUUCUGAUAUGGAAUUGAAGAAGCAAAAAUUUAACGAGAAUGUGAGAGCUACUGGGAGCGAUUUGUGUUUUGAAACUGCUAAUGAUAGUAAAGUUCAUAUUCCUCCAAUUGGAUCAAAAGAUUAUCAAAAUGAAUAUGAGGGUCGUAUUCAAUUUUCUAGAUAUAAUAUAGGGAGAAUGUCUAGCACCCCUCAUAUAUCUAAUGCAGGUCAACUGUCAUCAACUUUGAUAUGUGAAACAUUAGAAGAUAAGUGGUAUGCAAGUCCUGAGGGAGGUUGCACAAUGUCAUCAAAUAUCUACUGCCUUGGUGUCCUACUUUUUGAGUUACUGGGCCAUUUUGACACUGAAAGAGCACAUAUUGCAGCAAUGUCUGAUCUUCAUCAUAGGAUUCUUCCCCCAGCUUUCCUAUCAGAAAAUCCCAAGGAAGCUGGCUUUUGUCUUUGGCUGCUGCAUCCUGAACCAUCAUCACGUCCAACAACAAGGGAAAUCCUCCAAUCUGAAGUGCUCAAUGGAUCCCAGGAGCUGUAUAGUGAGAAAUUGUCAUCAGAUAUUGACCAAGAAGAUGCAGAAUCAGAAUUGUUAUUGCAUUUCCUCAUCUCAUUAAAAGAUCAGAAGCAGAAUGAUGCCUCCAAAUUGGUAGAAGAGAUCAAGUGCCUGGAAUCAGAUAUAAAAGAAGUGGACAAGAGGCAUGACUUAAAAAAGUCCUUGGUUUCAUCUGGAUCCCAGAAUAAUUAUGCAUGUCAGAAAGAGAUUGUGCCUAUUAAAAAGGAGGCUUCAAGUGCAGAAGUUCUACCCUCAAUACCCUCAAUCUCUAAUGCAAAUGAACUGAGAUUGUUGAGAAAUAUAGGCCAUCUUGAAAGUGCUUAUUUUUCCAUGAGAUCCAAAGUUCAGACUUCUGAAACAGAUGGUGCAGCUCACCCAGAUGUAGAUAUACUAAGAAAUCGUGAGAAUUGGUAUAUGGCCCAAAAAGACGAGGCACAACCUGAAAGGAAAGAUCCUUUAGGAACCUUCUUUGAUGGUUUGUGCAAAUAUGCAUGUUAUAGCAAGUUUGAAGUGCGGGGUGUACUAAGAAAUGCAGAUUUCAACAAUCCUGCAAAUGUGAUUUGCUCUCUAAGCUUCGAUCGGGAUGAAGAGUACUUUGCUUCUGCUGGAAUAUCUAAGAAAAUUAAAAUUUUUGAGUUUGAUGCACUUUGCAAUGACUCCGUUGAUAUCCAUUAUCCUGCGGUUGAGAUGUCAAACAAAUCAAAGCUCAGCUGUGUUUGCUGGAAUAACUAUAUUAAGAACUAUCUGGCCUCUACAGACUAUGAUGGUGUAGUGAAGUUAUGGGAUGCUAGUACAGGUCAAGAGUUUUCUCAAUUUACCGAACAUGAAAAGAGGGCUUGGUCCGUGGACUUCUCUGCAGUGUGCCCUACAAAAUUUGCCAGCGGAAGUGAUGAUUGUACUGUCAAACUGUGGAGCAUCAGUGAGAGAAAUUGUUUAGGAACAAUCAGGAAUGUUGCUAAUGUAUGCUGUGUUCAAUUCUCUGCUCAUUCCUCUCAUUUGCUGGCUUUUGGAUCUGCGGACUACUCAACUUAUUGUUAUGAUCUUCGCAAUCUUAGAAGUCCCUGGUGUGUAUUGACUGGCCAUCGCAAAGCUGUCAGCUAUGUCAAAUUCUUAGACUCUGAAACACUUGUUUCUGCUUCUACUGAUAAUACAUUGAAGAUCUGGGAUCUCAAUAAAACCUCAUCUGUGGGUGCAUCCACUAGUGCUUGCAGCCUAACCCUGUCAGGACAUACUAAUGAGAAGAACUUUGUGGGCUUAUCAGUAUCUGAUGGAUAUAUUGCAUGUGGUUCAGAAACAAAUGAGGUUUACUCAUACUAUAGAUCGCUUCCUAUGCCUGUCACUUCGUACAAAUUUGGGUCCAUUGAUCCCAUCUCUGGUAAAGAGAUUGAUGAUGACCAUGGGCAAUUUGUUUCAAGUGUUUGCUGGAGAGGGAAAUCUGACAUGCUUAUUGCGGCCAAUUCAAGUGGAUGUAUUAAAGUAUUACAGAUGGUUUAAAGGGAAGUUUGUCCUUGAUGGCUUUCAAAAUUUUGUGAAUUCCUGCAGUGUUGUCCUUGCUACUCAGGCCAAUGCCAUAAACUUGUUGCAGAGUGUAAAAGGUUCUUUUGACAUCUUGAGCUCUAGCUCUCAAUUUCAUGCCGAAGGUUUGAAUUCCGGCCCCUAUAGGAUGGAGGAAUAGAUUUUCUAUCUAAAUCCAUAUCUUUUCUGAGGUUGGAUUCAUCAUAUGAUGAGCAAGCUUGGACUUGCAGACCAGAAUUUCACAUUGUCACAUUUAACACAGGUUUGUUACAGAUUAAUAUUUUUCAGAUCAACCUGAGAAGCUGAUUGAAUAUGAAAAAAGAUUGAGACUUCGGGAUUGGAAUGCUAUGUGCUAAGUUGCAUCUAAACUCUAGAAUGCACCCUGUAUCUCUACAAAGUGCCUUUGUAAAUUGUAUUGCAGUCCUUUUCUGGGUUUUUUUAUUCAGAAAGGACUAGCACGUGUAGGUUUGUAGGAAGAAAAAUGAUUGUUCGUCAAAAGAUAAAACCGCUUCACCACCAUGCAAAUGAUUUCAGUUGUAAGUGUAACACACCCUCCCCCACCUUUUCUUUUCCUGUGUCUCCCGUGGAGUAGUUGUAAAUGUAGAUGAUAGUAGCAUACCUUGAUGAUAUUGAGUUUAGGUUACUAUAUAAAUAGAGCAUGUAAAUGCAGUGUUUCUUGUGCACUGCUUUUCUUCUAUUCAAUUUAUCAUUACUUUAAUUUUUACAUUAUUAAUUAUGUAUAAAUCAGAAAGUGUCAUUGGUGUUA